AUUUUGCUUCUGGAGACGGAGACCCUCGGCCAAGAUGGCGGCCUACCUACAGUGGCGGCGCUUCGUUUUCUUCGACAAAGAGCUCGUGAAGGAGCCACUAGGCAAUGAUGGGGCCGCUCCUGGGCCUACACCUGCUUCUGGAUCCACUGCUUCCAAGUUCCUUUGCCUUCCUUCUGGCAUCACCGUCUGCGACUCAGGCCGAGGGAGCCUGGUCUUUGGAGAUAUGGAAGGCCAAAUCUGGUUCUUGCCACGCUCCCUACAGCUCACAGGCUUCCAGGCCUACAAACUAAGAGUGACACACUUAUACCAACUGAAGCAGCACAAUAUUUUGGCAUCUGUUGGUGAGGAUGAAGAAGGUAUCAACCCCCUGGUAAAGAUCUGGAACCUGGAGAAGAGAGAUGGUGGCAAUCCACUCUGCACUCGAAUCUUCCCGGCCAUCCCAGGAACCGAGCCAACUGUAGUGUCUUGUUUGACUGUCCAUGAAAAUCUCAACUUUAUGGCCAUCGGUUUCACAGAUGGCAGUGUUAAAUUGAACAAAGGAGAUAUAACCCGGGACCGACAUAGCAAGACCCAGAUUUUGCACAAGGGCAACUAUCCUGUUACUGGACUGGCUUUUCGCCAAGCAGGAAAGACCACACACUUAUUUGUUGUGACAACUGAGAAUGUCCAGUCCUAUAUAGUUUCUGGAAAGGAUUACCCUCGUGUGGAGUUGGAUACCCAUGGUUGUGGCCUGCGUUGCUCAGCCCUAAGUGACCCUUCUCAGGACCUGCAGUUCAUUGUGGCCGGGGAUGAGUGUGUCUACCUCUAUCAGCCUGAUGAACGUGGGCCCUGCUUCGCCUUUGAGGGCCAUAAGCUCAUCGCCCACUGGUUUAGAGGCUACCUGGUCAUUGUCUCCCAUGACCGAAAGGUUUCUCCCAAGUCAGAGUUUACCAGCAGGGACUCACAGAGCUCCGACAAGCAGAUUCUCAACAUCUAUGACCUGUGCAACAAGUUUAUAGCCUAUAGUGCUGUUUUUGAGGAUGUAGUGGAUGUGCUUGCUGAGUGGGGGUCCCUGUACGUGCUGACGCGGGAUGGGCGGGUCCACGCCCUGCAGGAGAAGGACACACAGACCAAACUGGAGAUGCUGUUUAAGAAGAACCUAUUUGAGAUGGCAAUUAACCUGGCCAAGAGCCAACAUCUGGAUAGUGAUGGGCUAGCCCAGAUCUUCAUGCAGUAUGGAGACCAUCUCUAUAGCAAGGGCAACCAUGAUGGAGCUGUUCAGCAGUAUAUCCGAACUAUUGGAAAGUUGGAGCCAUCCUAUGUGAUCCGCAAGUUUCUGGAUGCCCAGCGUAUCCACAACCUGACUGCAUACCUGCAGACCCUGCACCGACAGUCCCUGGCCAAUGCUGACCAUACCACCUUGCUCCUAAACUGCUAUACUAAGCUCAAAGACAGCUCAAAGUUGGAGGAAUUCAUUAAGACAAAGAGUGAGAGUGAAGUCCACUUUGAUGUGGAGACAGCCAUCAAGGUCCUGCGACAGGCUGGCUACUACUCACAUGCACUCUAUCUGGCUGAGAACCAUGCACAUCAUGAGUGGUACUUGAAGAUCCAGCUUGAGGACAUUAAGAAUUAUCAAGAAGCCCUUCGGUACAUUGGCAAACUGCCUUUUGAGCAGGCAGAGAGCAACAUGAAGCGCUAUGGCAAGAUCCUUAUGCACCACAUACCAGAGCAGACCACACAGUUGCUAAAGGGCCUUUGUACUGACUAUCGACCCAACCUGGAAGGCCGAGCUGAUAAAGAGGCGCCAGAUUGCAGGGCCAAUUCUGAGGAGUUCAUUCCCAUCUUUGCAAACAACCCUCGAGAGCUGAAAGCCUUCCUAGAGCACAUGAGUGAAGUGCAGCCAGACUCACCCCAGGGCAUUUAUGAUACACUCCUUGAGCUUCGGCUGCAGAACUGGGCCCAUGAGAAAGAUCCUCAGGUUAAAGAGAAGCUUCAUGCAGAGACCAUCUCCCUGCUGAAGAGUGGCCGCUUCUGCGAUGUCUUUGACAAGGCACUAGUCCUAUGUCAGAUGCAUGACUUCCAGGAUGGAGUCCUUUACCUCUAUGAGCAGGGGAAGCUGUUCCAGCAGAUCAUGCACUACCACAUGCAGCACGAGCAGUACCGGCAGGUGAUCGCUGUGUGCGAGCGGCACGGAGAACAGGACCCCUCCCUGUGGGAACAGGCCCUAAGCUACUUUGCCCGCAAGGAGGAGGACUGCAAGGAGUAUGUGGCUGCUGUGCUUAAGCAUAUUGAGAACAAGAACCUCAUGCCACCCCUUCUAGUGGUGCAGACCCUGGCCCACAACUCUACAGCCACCCUGUCCGUCAUCAGAGACUACCUGGUGCAAAAACUGCAGAAACAGAGCCAGCAGAUUGCACAGGAUGAGCUUCGGGUGCAACGGUACCGAGAGGAGACCACCCAUAUCCGCCAGGAGAUCCAAGAGCUCAAGGCGAGUCCGAAGAUUUUCCAGAAGACCAAGUGCAGCAUUUGUAAUAGUGCCUUGGAGUUGCCCUCGGUCCACUUCCUGUGUGGCCACUCAUUCCACCAACACUGUUUUGAGAGUUACUCAGAAAGUGAUGCUGACUGCCCCACCUGCCUCCCUGAAAACCGGAAGGUCAUGGAUAUGAUCCGGGCUCAGGAACAGAAGCGAGAUCUCCAUGAUCAGUUUCAGCACCAGCUCAAGUGCUCCAAUGACAGUUUCUCUGUGAUUGCUGACUACUUUGGCCGAGGUGUUUUCAACAAAUUGACUCUGCUGACCGACCCUCCCACAGCCAGACUGACUCCCAGCCUAGAGGCUGGGCUGCAACGGGACCUGCUUAUGCACUCCAGGAGGGGCACUUAAGCAGCUCACCAGAAAGCAUGUGAUCUUGGGCAUAGCUAGACCGACGUGGGACUGAGGCAGGCUGUGGCUGCAGAGAAGGCAGGCAGGAAUGCACAUAGCUCUAGUCUGACAUGCCACUGCCCUCAGGACUCAAGGGGACUUUCUUUUCCUGCUGCCGUCUUUUGCCAGCCUGUUGUCCCUCCCAUUGACUAGCAGCAUAGAGUAGUCCAGACUAGUGGGGGAGGGGAUCUCAGCAACUAGAGUGUGGACAAUAGCUACUUUAUUCAGGAGCACCAGGCUGUGCUUGGGUUCUUGCUGAGUCUAUAAAUAAAAGAAUAUAAUGUUA